GAUCAUUGAUUUUAACAUUUUAUGAUGCUGAAAAAAGUGAAAGUGAAAGGAUGCAACACAUAGCCUAUUAGAAAUGUUACCUCUGCAUUUAACCCGAUCCAAUUGGCUAUGUUUACAUGCACAACAUUUUGUCAAUUCUACUGAAUUCAAAACGAUUGAAGAUUACGACAAAAAGUUUACAUGCACCCUAAAAAUUGCAAUCUGAUUUAAAGUUCGUUUACAUGUACAUUCUAAUCUACAGAAUCCGUAACCAACGUCAGCGCAAGCGCACCGUCAGGGUUGCCAGAUUCGCUUAUCAAAACCAUCGUAAUGGACAUUCAAAACUAGCCCAAAAGCAUAUCAAUGACUGUCCACAGCCCAAAUAUCAAUAACUAAUCAACAAAUAAUUUCAUCUUUAACCCGCAGAAAAAAACAACGUGUGUAAAUAAUUUAAACAGUAGCCCAAAUCUAAAUAUGAAAAAAGCUGAGGACUUGGCAACGCUACGCUGCGGACAGCAUCUCUCGUCAAAUUCACGCUCUGGAUAAAAGUCAAAACGUAAAAGUUGGAGAUAGUUGUUCUUAAGAAGUUUUCAGUUAUAGGAAUGUCAGAAUUGGCUGCACCUCAGAAUGUGAAGAUAACGUCUAUCAACAUGGGUGCAAUUCUUGAGUGGACAUCUCCACACAGUUUUAUGGAUAAUGUAACAUAUACUGCAAGAUAUAUCCUGAGAACAGCCAUUACUUACAUCUGUAUGAACUCGAAAGAGCUACAAUGUGACGCAGGAGACCUACCUACUACAUAUGGGAGCUACAGGUUUCAGGUGCGAGCAGAGCAUCAAGGACGGUUCUCUCAGUGGACUAAUGCAUCUAAAUUCAUACCAAAAGACCACACUAUCAUAGGACCGCCUACUGUACAUCUUGCCAUCAGAAAUAAUAUUUUGGAUGUGCGUGUUCAAGACCCAGUGCUGAAAGUGGGCACACUUACAAGUGUUUACUCCCCAGUGUCUUACAUCAUCAAAUAUUGGAUUGAUGGCUUGGAAGACUCGGUGAUCGAGAAAAAGAUUAAAAAGACAGAAGAGGACAGUAUGGAAGAUGUCAAGAGAAGCAUAAAAGCGUUAAGCUUAUGGAGCAGAUAUUGUGUUCAGGCGCGAGUGGUUCCCAAGGACUACAGAAUAGUGACCCCGUUCAGUACACCUGUUUGUGUGCUCAAUAUUCCUGUGGGGACCAGUUGUGUGAUUGCCGCAGCCAUCCUGCUUCCUCUGGUGAUCCUGGCUUCCUGGAUGAUAUAUAAAAUGAAAGCGUUUCUGUAUCCCAAAACCAAACUACCAGAUCGUUUCAGCAAGUUUGAGGCCAUACAACAUGCAACAAAUCAGAAAGAAAGGCUGGAUAAAAUAAGUGCUAUAACUGAGGAACAUCUUCAUGAUGGACUCAGUGUGAAAGACAAGAUUUCGGAGGAAACAUGCUGUCUAACCCCGAUUCAAAUGGAAGAUGACUACAAACACCUGAUGGAAACACAACCAACACCUACUUUUUACCCAAACCAUAUCUACCCAUUGUGCUUGAAGAGCAAGCUGCUUACUCAUUUAAAUCAACCUGGGAUUGGAAGCUCCAUUGCCAUUCAGACCUACUACAAUUUUAACGACACCAACUUUGAUGAGAAAAAUACUAAUAGUGUUUCCUGAACACUGUAAAAAAAUUCCAACUUGCAUUAAAUGUUGAGUUAAUUUAACUUAAAAAUAUUAGUUGACACAACAAUUUUUACCCAGCUUUUUUGAGUCAACUAAUAUUUUUAAGUUGAAUGAACCAGGUAACGUACUUUUUUAAAGUUGAACCAACAAAUCUUAAUUUACAGUGAAGGGACAGCUGGACAAUUUAAGAUUUCUCUGUUACAGAAUAUGUUUGUUAUAGGCUAUGAAAUUUUUUAUAUUAUAUCUGGUGCAAUAAGUUAGAAUGUAAAUAAUUUCUGUGUUGAGAAAACAGUUUAUUUUUUUAAUUUAUUGUUGUAAAUAAUG